GCAUGCGCAAUGUCUCCACAGUCGUAAUAAUAAAAAAGAGAUCGAAGGCGCAAGGAGGCAGAGUCAAAGGUUUUUCUGUCUGUCUGGUACAUGGUCUGCUAUUUCAAGAAAUGAGCAGCAUCGAAGAUAUAGCACAAAAGCUUGUAACAAAUUAUUAUGCAGCGUUUGACACUAAUAGAGCUUCUUUGCAAGGCUUGUAUACACCUCAAUCACAACUGCAAUUUGAGACAAACGUGUUUACAGGGCCUGACGCUAUACUUCAAAAACUAACCUCUCUUCCUUUUGUAACCGUCAACCAUGCGAUAACAACUGUGGACAGUCAGAUGACUCCGGAUUCAGGGCUGCUCAUAAUGGUUGUUGGGCAGCUGAAAACUGACAACGAUCCUGUACAUCCGUUCACUGAAGUGUUUUACUGUAAACAAAUCGGCGAUUCGUUAUUCAUUACGAAUCAAGUAUUUCGACUAAAUCUUCAUCAUUCCGCCGCCUAGACUUUGCUAUAUAAUUAUUGUAUUUCAUCUUAUGGAUGUCUUAUGCAGUUUAUGUUUGGAUUGUGUAUAAUUAUUUGAGUGUGUUAAUUAUUGUAAGGACGGUCUUAUGCAAUUUAUAUUGAGUGUAUAAAUUAAUUAUUUAGUGUUUUAUAUACAUUUUUGUAUAAA